CCCGGCAGCGCCCCCUGCCGCGCCCCGCCGGCAUCGCAGCCGCGGCAAUGGCGGCCCCCGUGCACGACUCUGAGAAGUGAUCAAGUUGUCUCAAGCGUGUUUAUUCUGACACUGCGAAGAAAAGAAAUUGCUGUGUUUCCCUGAAGAUUGAAACUCCAGUUUAAGACUAGCUUCAUCAGUAGAGCAGAUAACAGUGCAAAACAGGGAUUAAGCUGUCUUGUCUGGGUUAGACGGUCAGUGGCUGCAUUGCCUGUGGCAGAGAACUCCUAGCUGCUCUCAAGUGCUUUACAAGGAAGGCAAUCCUUACCGAGCUGAAUGAGCCUGGAGGAAGAAGCUUGCUCUGGACCUGAACUGAGGCAGGAGGUACAAGAAUAGGACAUAGCAGAGCACAACGCAGGUUUUUGGGAAGAAAAAUGCCAGCUUCUCUAAGAAAACUGCAGCAAAUGGCUAUUUUCAUGGGACUGUUCAGCGGCGGGGGAUGCAUCGUGAUGUAUAAUCUUAUGCAAAAAGGUUUUGCCAGGACCCAGUACUACCAGCAGGCUUUGGAGCAACUGAAUAGCAGUCCUGAUGCCCUGGAAGCCCUGGGUGCCCCCCCUCUCAAGGUUCACAACAUCCGACUGACAGAUGGGAGUAACCGUGUGGACACAGAAAGAGCACAGAUAAAGUUACCAGUAUCUGGAACAAAAUCAGCGGGGUACCUCUACAUUAACUCAGAGAUGGACCAUUCCCGCCAAUGCUGGUGCCUUCAGGAUGUCACCUUGAAACUGCGGGACGGGCAGAUUAUUCGUGUUUACCACUCCCCAGUGGAGAGCAUCAGUGUGCAAGAAGCCUAAAAAUCAAAAGCAGCUGCUUCUCCACCUCCCACUGAGCUGAAGGAGUCAUUAAUCGAUCGCAUCCCACUGUGCCCAUGGAUGUACACAGUUGUCACAAGUGACAAUUCCACUUAAGUGGGUGCUCUUCAGGACAAUUUAUCUGAGAUUGACCUCAUCAUUGUAAUUUCUUUCUUUUGCUGGUUUACUCAUAUGUUCAGCAGAGCCUAAAAUAAAGAUACUGCAAAAGA